CGGAGCGGUGACGCCCGGCGAUUGGGUGAGAGCGCGGAGCUAAAGUGAACAGCUCGGCGAGAAGCGAGAAGCGAGACGCCAGCGGGAAUAACAACAGCAGAGGCCGCAGCCACCGCCUCACACAUUCCGGACCCUCGGCCCACCACAACCCGGAUGCCUCAAUGGCUGCACACUUCACCAUUUCAGACAACGAGUCGGAGACGUCGGAGGAGGUAGUGGAAGUCGAAGGGAGCCAAUCAUGGACUGAGCCACAGCAGCAGGUUCUUCUGCGCCAGGCCCUCACCUUACCUGAACUCAAAAUUGCAGCAACCGGUCGACUCAGGCUGAACUCAGAGUCCCACGCCUACACUGUCUCACGAGAUGAGGAGCUCCAAACCAGGGCGGACGAGGAAGCCGGCACGCCCACCGACGGCGCUCCAUUCCGGGGUCGGUCCAAGUCGGCUCCCCCUGCACUGUGGGCGGCAAAGAAGUACGGCCAGAAGCUCCGGAGGAUGAGCGACGAGUUUGACAGCCUGCUAGACAAAGGGGCAAUGAGGAAGGUUAAUAGCGCCGGGACUGCCGGCCAGUUGCACCACUCUAGAAGCUGGUGGAGCUACCUCUUCAGUCACCAGGAGAUGGAGGGAGAGAACAACCACCUCGAGAACCAAACUCACCGCACUGAGUAGGCACUGAGAGUGGAUAUAAGAGCAACAGAGGGAAUCGAUGGGAACAAAAACAAAGCAACGGGGAAGCCAAGUGAACAAUUGUGAUUGAGAACAGUGAGCUCUGCUCGGAGUAGAAAUGGAAGAAAGGUUGGUUUGAUCAAAAGGAGGAGAGUCCAAACACAAAGGCAUGGCUUAACCGGAGAAGCAGUACGUAGUACUGAGGUUCUAAAGCCUCCAGUCAUGUACAUUUUACAACUAAAUUGAUAUAAAUUGUGUGUUUUUUGUUGGUUUUGAUGUGAACAACACUGUUGGGCAGCUCACUGUGAACUGGUCAAAUGUGAGACGAGCAUGAGGACUGACUUGUGGCUUUCCAAACCCACUGUGCAAACGGAUGGAAGGACUGGCCGAGAGAGGAGAGACCACCUCUUUUAAAUCGCAACAAAAGAAUAUGGGAUGGGACUAGAAAGGUGAACUAUCAGUUAGUAAAAGACACUCGACCUUUUCAGUUGUCUCUCACAUCAACACUAUGCAAUAUACUGUAGAUUGAGAGAUAAAUGUGCUGAAAACAAAAAGUGACAAUUUGAGACCACCUUGAAUGCUGUUAGAACUUCCUUCCUUCCUCAUUUUCUUGAGGAAAUGCCAGCAGUUUGUGUGAUGCUUGUUUGACUUCAGAUGUUGGCGCUUGAAUCGCACAUGAAAUCCCUGUAUUGUGCCAAAAUAACCUUCAGGCAACAGAAGUGAGGAGAGAGGGUAAAAAAGGAAGGAUUUUCUGUAAGUAUUCAACUCAGGGGGCCUUUCUCCAACUUCCUGUUCUGCUACCAGAACCGUUUCAAUCACUGUACUCGACUAUCAUCAACUGCUUUAUAUCUCAAAUUUAUCAAACGAACAAUCUUGUACAAGGACAAUCUUUGACAAUGCAGAAAAGAAAUAUCUUUUCUACAAUUUCAGGGUUAGAUUAUAUCGGAAGGAAAGAACAUUAAACAGACGUAUAAAAAAGAGAAAGCACAAACCAAUAUGAAUCUAUCUUUUUAAAGCCUUGGCUGAGCAAAUAAAAUAAAACAGACUAUCAAUUUUAUGUGUAAAUAUUGUGUUAAUAUUUUAUCAGAUGGCAUUGGACGAGGGGUUACACGCGGCAUUGGUUUUUAGCUAGAAUCGAAUUUCACGCGUUCCUAUUUUAAAAGUCUGGCCAUCCCAGCAAUAGGCAAUGUACAAUCCAUGGCUGUUGUGAUCAAUGUUAUGUGCUUAUUUAAAAGUUGUGCGUGGGGAUGGAGUGACUGCUGUACAAGGUUUUAAACACACUAGCCGCUGGGCCCAUUUACUCAGCAACCAGUAACAAUAGAGGACAGAUUCAGCGUCCCGCCCCUUUUACUACUCGCAAUCCAAUCACGUUUAUAUAAGCAUUCAAUGUGGGGGGAGGGGGUGUCGACUUUGACCUGCCUUGAGGUGCGAAUAAAAUGGAAUCAAGCUGUUGAGUGCUGAUCUAAUUACCAAUUUAGGAUAUUUACUGGCUUUCGAAGAUUCCUUGGCACAUAAACUCCAAAAUACUACCUUUUUAUUUAUGUUCUUAUUGCUCAUAUUAAUAAUUAUACAACUAUGAUCCGCCCCUCUACACAGCUCGGUUAUUGAUUUGGCUAUUUGUGAUUUGUGUAUCAAUGUGUGAUUAUUGGAAGUGGUAAUAGGUUUGUUCUCUUCGUGUCUUACGCUCGACUCGUAGGGUCGAGUUGUGGCGUGCCAAGCUGUGCAGGUCAAGGGCUGCGUUUGUUAUCGUCUUGAAAAAUCAACUUUGCUACAGCUGUUUUGAUACAAACCUGAAUGACAUCUACCCUUUUUCUAAGAUUUGUCUGAGUCUCCUGUGUGUUUUUUGUAACAUGAUGAGUUGACUGAUAUAUCUGGUAUGAAGCUCCUAACACAAUCAAUACAGUUAAAAUAUUCUGUUUGAGUCAUACUGCUCAAAAAACGAGUGACUCCGCUGUUUAAUGAUAUUAAAUAUAAACAGCGGAGUCAGGAAUGAGUGUUAAAGUGAGAACAGUACUUCUAACAUGUCUCUUCCUGUACAUCUACCUAUACACGUACUACAGUUAGCAGCUGUGUGGUGUUGUGAGCUUGGGACCAGAUAUGACCGCUUCACUCUUUAAAAUAAAGAUCAGCUGAAAUUUUAAAGAGUAUAAAUAUUCUUAUGAACUGCCUUGAACAUGCUGUAACCCACGACCUGACACCACACUGCCGGCCUUGUCUCUUAACCUUAUCAAACGCCUUAAAUCUUCACAGCUCGCUGUCAGUCAUUGAACUCAACAAAGACGCACAAUGACGUGGAGGUGCGUUUGCUAGCACAACUGCGAGGGGAAACAUUUUUAGCCUUAAAGGGCAUUUCAGUGGAAGUCACGUGACCAGUAAGGGUUUUGACUUUGAAAACAUUUAUGACAGUGAACACACCCGAGGAAAAAACCUAGCGUGGCAUCUGGAGUUCUGCAACCAUCCUUAGUAUUACUUGAAUCUAGAGAUGUGUUUUUGGAGAAAACUGAAUUUGUAAUAUUCCUUUUCUCUUAUUUUAGUUUGAUUCAUUUUUAAUGACUUUUGUAAAUGUAUUUUCUCUACAGCUGUCUAACUUCUGGUAUAUGCUGUCCUAAAUAAAUCAUUUUAAGAGUGGUUUU